AGAGCAAAGGUGCGUCACAGGUCACAACUACUUCCUCACAAAAAAGAAUAUUUCGCCUGCUCUCUCUGCACAUCCACGGCCCCAGCUGGCUCAUGGCUUUUCUCUGUUGAGAUUUGUCACUUUGAAUAAUUGGAUGCCACUGUGAUGACAGACCCAGGUCCCUCUUCAAUACCCGUACAUAUUGCUCUCAUCUCUCAAGUUCACACAGAUCAAAGGGGCUCUUCUUCCCUAGGCACUUUUGAGGCUUUGAAUGGGUUCUUGCCUCUUUCAAUCGAUUAACUGAAGGUGCGAAAAUGGUAAUAUUUCAUCUUUUAAUUCGUUCUUGUUAGUUAAAUUCUAAUAAUAUAUUUUCCUCUUUUGGUCAGGUAGAACAUCACUGAAUCAAGAUUAUGCUUAUUUUGGUGUCGCCUGCAUCAGACUUGAGAUCAGAAACCUCGAAUUUUCCGCAUAUUAGAUUAUUCAAUUAGUGGGUACGUUCUGGUUUGUUAUGGACUGAUAGAAUGGGUUUCUUGUGAUUUAUUGAGGAAAAAAGUGUGGAUUGUGUGAUGGCUGAAAUGAUUUAGUUACUGGGUUUUUUGGUACUGAAUCUCAAAUGGGCUUGCCAAGUUGUAAGCAUUUGAGAUUCUUUGGCUGCCAUUUGAAUUCCAUGGCAGGCAAAUGCGUUGCUUUGUUUGUCAUUGCUCUGGUUUUUAGAGCUGCUAUGCUCCCCACAUUCUCUGGCUUCGGUGAGGUUGCUCAGAACAGCUUUAGGGUGAUCAACAAGGGUUCAUUAUCCUCAGAUUCAGAGCUCCAAAUGCGGAAAAACAAGUUCUUGGAGGUUCCUCAGAUUGUGUGGGGGUUAAACAAUCAGAAGAUUGCAUUUGCUAGGGCCUGUCUGACUGCAAGAAUGAUGAAGCGAACUCUUUUGAUGCCUAGCCUAAGUGCUUCUCUGUUUUACAAAGAAAUCGAUCUCUUGCAGCCCAUUUCCUUUGAUAAGGUCUUCCAAUUCGAACGGUUUAAUUCACUUUGUAAUGGGUUUGUCAGAUUGGGUCGUUACUCCGAUCUCUCAAAUAGGACGCAGGUGUUUGAGCUUCAGAAGGGGAGUGGAAGGAAAUGGACAAUUGAGAGAGAUUUGGAUCAAUUGAGAGAGUUUAGCAAGGAACCAUAUGAUGGAUAUGAGGUGAUUCGAAUACUUGGGAAGAACCCUUUUUUAUGGCAUGACCAUUGGCCUGUCAAGGACUAUGCAAAGGUCUUUGAUUGCUUGGUUUUAGUUGAAGAAAUAUCAAAAGAGGCAGAUAAGGUUGUCUCCAAGAUUAGAGAGAUGGGAAGGAAGGUCGGAAGCAAAGCUGUAUUUUCACAGAAUGCUAGUAAUUCCGAGAGCCCUUCUUCGUUGCCAAUGCCUUACAUAGCCGUACACAUGAGGAUAGAAAAGGAUUGGAUGAUUCACUGUAAGAAGUUAGAGCAAAGAUUCAACAUAAGUCAAAUCUGUAGCAGCAAAGAGGAGAUUAUAGGAAGAGUUGGGAACAUUGCGGGCCUGAAAACCCCAAUGAUUGUCUAUCUUGCAGUGGCUGAUAGUCUUCUUGAAGAUAACUCAAUAUUGAAUGGUUGGAAGGAAGGUUUGCUUCCCUUUGAAAAGAAGAAACUGGGUGUCAUGGGAAUUUACAACAAGUACCCGUAUCUCUUUCAAUCAGCAAUCGACUAUGAAGUGUGCUUGAGGGCCAAUGUCUUUGUUGGCAACAGCUUUUCUACAUUUUCGAGCCUUAUAGCUCUUGAGAGAACACUGAAAAUGAUCAAAAUGGGUAUUACAACAUCAUGUGGCAAGGAUGUAACUUGGCCUUCUUACGCAUAUAACAUAUUAGGCGAAUUGAAUGGCCCUCAGAGAUGGAUGACUGACAUGUCCGACUCAAGCCUUCAUGCAAUUAGCUAUGGUACUAAGGACGUCUCUUGUUGAAUGAUCUCUUUUGUUUCUUCUUCUGGUCCGGCAUACCUUUAAUCUAGUGGAAAUUGGUUGGUAAGGUUCACAGAUAAGUUAUUUUUGUAUAAAAAUAUAAGUAAAGAAAACCUCAAAUUAGCUGUUUUAGAUGAAGUCAGGUAUAGUUAAACAUUUACAAAGAUUCGGAGUUGUUUAAGUUGUUGCUGAAUUUGUUCAUUUAUUUUUCCCAUCCUCAUUCAAUUUGAUGCCAUAUUUAUUUUUUUGGUGUAACCUUUCUGUAGAGAGUGGUAAACUAAAGGGGGUUGUUUGUGGUAUCA